AUGGCACUUCCUAGGAGGUCUCCACAUGAUGGGUUGGCCAGGGAGCGCACGCUGCCCGACGAGACAAGGUGGCUCCCAAGCAGAGGGUCCAGGAGCGCUGGCUUCUCCUCUCCUGCACCACCGUUGUCCACCCCUCCUCAUUCCAUGUGGGCAUGGAGCCUCACCCCGACCCCCCCCCCCACUCGAUCCCCACUCCUCCCCACUCGCUCCACGCACACCUCUCUCCCUCCCCCCCGUCUGGAUCGGGGCAGAGCGCCCCAACCCCUUCGCCACGAUGCCGCCGGCCGGCGCCUCCGGCACCCCUCGCCAGCACCCCUUGCCGGCACCCGCCUCUCCGUCUCCUUCCACGCGGCGCCGCCCGACACCGCACCGUCUCCGGUGCCCCGCCUCGUGCUCCGUCCCGCCGCCGCCGCGGCCUGCCGCCUCGACGCGCCGGACCGGUCACCGGAUCUCCGCUGCCUGGGGCUGCCCUCGCCGGACCGCCCCGCCCGCCUCUCCAUCGGCGACCACCCUGAGCCUUCCUCGAACUCGCUGCCACCUCCCUAUGGCUCCGAUAUGGUGCAUCCUUGGAGCCAGAUGCCACCCUGACGGAUAGUACUAGAUGGAGACCGCCGACGAGAGUAGUCAGGAGGUCCCAAGAAGGAGGCCUUGCCUCUUCGAUCGUGUUGCUUUUGUGCUAGCCUUCUUAAGGCAUCCUUGUUUAACUUAUGUAUGUACUCAGAUAUUGUUCCUUCCGCUGACUCUUGUGUAUCGAGCUUGUA